GGCAGAGGACACUUCACGAUGAUGGCCGACCUGGGCCAUGUUGUCACUGAGGUGAUGGUGGAUGUGGAGGACGGGGAUGUUUUCUUGCUUCCUGGGCAGGAGUCCGAGACUGGACUUGACAAUCACGACUUCUCCGAGUCUGGACUUGAUGAGCACAACUUCGAGCCCUUGUCCAUUGAUCCAGGGGACGCCAUCUCAAGCCUCCUCAAGCAUGCGAGAGAAGAAGGCAGGGGCCUGGCCGAUUCCACUUGCUCCAUAUGCUUGAACGACAUGGCCAGCGACGACGGGGAAUUAUUGGUCGAGACUCCUUGUAAACACGUCUUCCACUCGCCAUGCAUCGUCCGGUGGUUAGAGAUGAGCUGCACCUGCCCGCUCUGCCGAUACAGAAUAGGGAACAAUAUAUGACAUCGACGAACUUGUUGAUUGAGCAAUUUUACCGUGUUAUGAACUAUGGAGGGUCGAUGAGAAAUACCUUGGAUGCCAAUCUUUUUGGUAAUUUAGAUGAUAGUACUAUCCUUAUAUAUUGAUGUUUAUCAAUAUUAAGUGCG